CUUUUUCAGCACAGCACCACCACAAGACAAGAGAUAUGGCGGCGAAGACGACCGACCGGCGAUGGAGCUUUGUCCGCGCGCAAGAGUUCUUCAGCGGCGACGGCAAGCCAGACACACUGGACAUCCGCGGAAUGACGGCGGCAGCAAAGGGCGUGUCGUCGAAGCGCCAAAAGUUCCGUAUGAGCGUUGUGAAGAACGGCGUGACGAUAUACGGGUCUAAGCCUUGUCCGAACGCGGAGAACGAGCUUGGACAGGGUCUCUUGGGCCCGUCGGCGUCGACCCCCACGGCGAGCGCCGCCGCCGCUGCUGCUGCUGCACCUCUGAAGGACCGUGAACGUAUUUUUAUUGAAGAUCCUCGCGCACCAUGCCUCGCCAUCGACUAUAGCAACGACACGUACAAGAUGAUGCCGUCGAUCGAACGGUUUUCUGCGCAUACUGGCGUGUGCCAGAUCCUCGGCACCAAGCUGAUUCGUGGCGGGAAGCAUCAGGUCGCGGUUGGGGACAUUCUUCGCUUUGGGUCGGUGGGCUUGCUUGUGACGGAGAUUGACACGGGUCGAACUGGCGCGUCCGACGCGUCCCUUUCCCCUGCGGACAUUACGCACCUGACUCAACGCCUGGUGUGUCUGGACGAGACACAAGGCGACGUGGACUCUGGAGACGACACGGACGAAGCGAAUGGCAACGACGGGUCGCAGUGCGACGACCCGUCACAACGCCUGAGCGUCACACGGAACUCGACCGUGAACGUGUGCUACGUGUGCUACGACGAGUCCGAGGACGACAACCCGCUCGUGGCGCCGUGCAAGUGCUCUGGGGACACCAAGUACAUCCACGUCAACUGCUUGAAGCGAUGGCACACGAACGGGGACAAGAAUGAGAUCUGCGCCGUCUUGGACGAGAGUGACGCGCGCACAUGCAGCAUCUGCAAGGCGGCGUACCCCGCGCGCAUCAAAAUUCCAUCGACCAACACGUUUGUGUCGUUGCUGCCCGACCGGCUGGACGCCCCAAGCAUCAUGCUGCAAGUCGUGACCAAGCACUCGAGCUCAACCCUCAACACAUCGACGCGGUACCAGUUGAGCUACAAGACUCUGCUCAACACGGAAUCCGCGCGUCCGCUCAUGAUCGGCCGGUCUUCGCAGUGCGAUUUGGUGCUUAAGUACCGCACCGUGAGCACGAUCCACGCGGAGUUGCAUUAUUCCAAGGGCGAAUGGUUUGUCAAGGACGCCGGCAGCUCGAACGGCACGUUGCGGUACAUUUACCGCCCGCUCACGCUUCCAGGCAACCAGAUGCUCCAUGUGAAGUUUGGACGCACGGUGCUCAGCAUUAAGCCGACCAAGAAGCUUCGGCUGCCGUCGCUCUUUGGACUCGGCAAGAAUGAGCACCAACACGAAGAUGUGCACCAUGGCCACCCGAACAGCCAAGACGGCACUUCGCGCGCCCGAUCCCUCCAGGGCCGCGCCUUUAGCGCAGACGCCGUCGAUCCACAAGGAAACAUGCAUGAUGUGUCGCGACGCUUGGAUCAUCUAGGCAUCAACGGCAGAAGUUAGAAGCAUGCUAUUAGUACUAACUACUCGUGCAUAUGCUAAUUAUAUCCCCCGUGGUUCGUGUUUUCUCCUUGGGCAGGUUUGAUUGGAUUGGAUUUAUGUUAAUAUUAUUGUGCUUUCGAGUG